CAUCAGUGUUUAAAUUUUGGACGGAAUGAAUGUAGUCUUUUAAACAAAAUAGUUAAACAAUAUUUUAUGAAAAAUGAAACGACCGAUUGAAGCUAUUAUCGAAGACGUAAUCAUUGACUCGACCAAAGUUCAGCCCAUCAUUGUGAAUUUUCAGAAUGGCGAGCUUAAAGAUGAAGAAGCUAAAAAGAUGUCAACCGGUCUCUUUUACGACCCGAAAAAGCAGAAAACGAUGGUGGCUUUGUCAAAUGGGCAAAUUGUUUAUAGAGGUUAUAAACCCGACACGAGCCAAGACUUGAUGCGUACUAUGCUCGUGCUCCACAACAGGAAAACAGGAAAAGUUAGACUGGUUCAAGUUGAACGAUGGCAAGUAAAUGCAGUAUUGGGGAAACCAAUAGUGGACAAUAAGAAAAGUGCUGAUGAUGAAAAUAUUGCUACAUUAAAUAAACAGUUUGGAUCAAAGAAAGCGAAACGUAUAACAGAGCAGUAUGAAAGAAUGAAAAUAAAUGUUGACUCUGUUAAAGAGCAACUUGAACAAACAGUAUCAAAUGUUGAAGUUGAUAGAGCAGACUUAUCAAUGCAGUUACCAGAGAAUGAGUAUAUUACAAACACAGCAUUACCACACUGUAAUAGAGAUGCGACUAAUGUAACAGAUGUAUACAAUGCAUUUGAUAUUGUACCAGAAAGCACAUUAAAAACUUUGUAUGAAAGAGCUGCAGAAAUUAUGAACACUGAUGUUAAUGAUUUUGAAGGAAAAGCAAAGUUCUUUGUCUGGUCAUUGAAACGGUUAAAAUCUGAUCCAGAUAACAUUAAAAAAGCUGCAUUAUUGAUUUAUAUUCAAGCAGUUGUAACGUGGUUAAAUAUGCCAAUAAGAGAUGCUAAAAAACGGCACGUUGACGUUUGUCCAUCUUCCGAACAAGUUAACGCUCAUGUAAUGGAUACAUAUAGCAUUCAAAGUAAUACUGGAAGGUUGAGACCAAGCAGUGUAAAAGAUAAAGCAGUGAUACAUUGUAUGAUAUUAGCAUUGAUAAUUUGCAAUUUUGUAUUAGAUAUAGAAUUAUUUGCAACAAUAUUUACUCACCGUAUGGGGCUGAAAAAGUUAACAGACCUUGCCAGAAUUAUUGGUGCUUUACCUAACAAGGAGGAUAAAAAACUUGUUACACUGAAGGUUCCAUUACCUCCACCUAUGUCUGUUGUAAAUAAGAAAAAGAGAAAAUAGUUUUCAGAACAAUCAAACUUUUAAUAUACUGUUAUCUUAUAAGAGAACGAAUUUAUAUCAUGAAAUUAUCUAUUUCUUAAUAAAUAUUAUUUUCAUAAUUUGUUUAUGCACAUUACAUACUUUUUUUAACAAUGAUUAGGAAAUUAUAAAUCUUAAUGAAAAGAACCGAGAAAAAGUAAAGGAGGAUGAAACUUAAAACUUACUAAGGAAGUAUAAUCAGUAAGGAAGAAUAUUAAGAGUAAAAAGAAGGAAUAUAAUAGAGGAAGAAGAGAAACCACGAUAAGGAUAAUUAUAUUCGGAUGAUGCUUAGAUGGUUUCAGAAAUGAAGAAAUAAAAGAGGGGAUUGAAAUCCAUGAUUACACGAUUUUAGCAUGAUCCUAGAGCAUUUAGCCUGUCCGAAGGGAGGGUAAGGUUGAAGAAACUGGCACGUUGGCCGGCCCUGAGCGACUCCCCGCAAUGUGGGUCGUCGUCUAACUGUUCCACGUACCGUUCCGUCGACUCUGUGCCGUCCAUUAGUCAGAUCCAACUCCUUCUCUUUCUUACCUCCACCAUUGGUAAUCAAGGAACGGAAGAGUGUCUUACCUCUCCUCUUACUUCUUGAUCCUAUCGAUCGCUACUACGUCCACGGAAAUCUUUUCAAUUGAUACACGUUGAGAAAAGCUUAGAAAGUUUGUCCCUGAUCUGUCGAUAUUGCAAGCUGUGUCAAUGUUACAAACAUAUUCAAGAGUUCAAACAAAAAGUUGGCAUACAUAAUCAGACGCUACUUUCAUGAAAUUUACUCCCCAAAAAAUGCUUAAAUAGACGGAAAAGAAAGGAUUGGCUCUAAUUGCACUCAGUGUCAAAAGAAAGAAGAAACAUUUUUUUUGGAAAUCUGUGCUUCAUCGAUGAUUAUAAUAUUAAUUAAUAGCAAUAGAAGCGGAGCAAAGUAUCCUGAAAGUUUCCUGUUUCAAUGUUACCAAAAUUGAACCUAUUAAAAUUCAAUGAAAUUGUACUUUCAUUCCUCGCAGGAGAAUCUCCAGGUUCGUUUUUUUUUUU